UAUGCAUUUUUGGUUUAUAGGUCAGCAAUUCAAAAGUGUCCAAUUUUUGAAUUAUGAAUAUGAAGAAAGCCACCCAUUGAAUCCAUCAGCAUCUGUUUCCCUUCUUGUACCCUCUGAUAUUUAUUAGAGUUGAUGACUGUACUUGGCUAUUUUUGGUAUCCUUUUGUUUUUACUCUAAGUGACCUCAUUGGUCUGGUACAUGGUUUCUAAAAGUUCAGUCCCCAAAUUAAAUUCUUGCAUAUAUACUUUUAUUUUUAUUUAUAAUGUUCGCCUUAGACGAGUUUAAAAGGGAAAAAUGAUCAGAUUCAUAUAGCCGACGCCAACUAGUUACGACUAUGGCGUUGUUGUUGUUAUUGUUUAUAUAUAUUAUCUAUCCGGAAAUAAUUCUGAGGCAGUAGCUCAGAUCCCAGUUGUUGUAGCUAUCCUGCAAAAAUGUAACUUUUUUUUUCUUCUCUCAAAAAUGUAACUUCUAUGUUGAUGUAUUUUCAAGCUUUUCCGUGGGACUGCCGAUCACUUGUUUGAUUCAUUUUCUGUUUCAUUUAAGUGAGUAAAAGCUUGAGAGUGAAUUCAAGAAGCCUAGAUGACAGAAGCUAAAUCAGGUUGGAGUAGAGAGCAAAAUAUAGCAUUUGAGAAUGCCUUGGCAGCUUAUCCUGAGGAUUUUGCAGAUAAGUGGAAGAAAAUUGCAGCUGAUGUUCCAGGGAAAACCUUAGAAGAGGAGUUGGUUGGAAACCUUGCAACAAGUAAGCCCACUCCAGUGGAAUUCCGACGAUUCUGUGGCGAGAACCAGAGCUAUGGAUUUCUCAGGCUGAACAAUACUUUGCAUUUUAUAGAAUUUCAGAAAACAACAAGUUACUUCUCGCCUCGUCCUAUCUCGAUGGAGAAGCUUUAGACUGGUACCGAUGGCUCUUCCGGAACAAGCAGCUGGUGGAUUGGGAACAUUUUAUUGUGAAGGUGCGAAUUCGUUUCCGUCAAAAGGGAAUAGAAUCAGUCGAAGGACGAUUAGCGAAGCUCCGGCAAACAACUAAUGUGUCUGAGUACCAGAGUCAAUUUGAGGCUAUUUUAAUAGGCUUUGGCGAGUCAGAGCAAUCUGACCACAGAGGCAAAACAGAAGAGUGCAAGGUAUUCGAUGAAAUGUUUGAAAAGGAGAUCGAUCGUAAGCACAACAAGGAUGUUGCCAAUACCAACGACCAAGUAUUCAACAUUAGUUCUCUUUCAAAAGUAACUACCUUACUCCCUAUAACACCAAUGGAGUCUGCCUUCAAGGAUGGAAAGUCCGAGGAAGAGAGCGAUGUGAAAGUGCUAGUCGAAGGCUCAGUGUCUGUUGUUCAACCGCAGCUGACUGAAACUAGCCUAAUCAAGGAAGCUGCAAACCAGAGCAUUUUUGCCAAAUCUUACAGCAUCUCGCUCACAGGACGGAUACCGAACAUCAUGAGAAAAUCAUGUCAAAACAUUUGGAGUAUAUUAUCAAGUCUCGGGUUCCAAGUCUUCAAUCUCUUAUCAACCAAAUUAUGAUUGAGUUGGAAAUUGAGUUGAGCCCUCAUAGAAAUCACAUUAUCACGGCACCAGGGAUAAAAUCCAAGACCUUAACUCUAAGAUUCUAUUCAGAGUAUGUGGUUUCUAACUCUAUGACUCGCGUGUGGGAUCCGGGAUGGCAAGGGUGUAUGUAUUUCUCCAUUUUUCUGUCUGAUUUUGCAUUGGUAGUUGCUACAUCUUCAAUCUUUAAUCUCUUUGAUAAUUACUUAGAAAAGAAUAAGCAGAAUAAGAAAAGAAAGAAGAUGGAACUGUUUGUAUUCUCUUAUCAGUGCAUGAUAUUUGCAAUGGAUAUUUGCUUGUGUCGUUUGAAAGACUUCUAUAUGCACUCCAUUCCUACUGGAGGCUCAGUGCUCGCUUACAUCAGACCAAUAUUUGGUGGGGGACGUGUUGAUAGUAAUGUUCCUAACUCGAACCUCGAGGACAAGGUUCUUUUUGAGGAGGGGAGUAUUGUUGUGAACAAGGCUAACACAAUAAGGACUUUUGGGCCAAAUUUGUUGAACAAGACUGAUCCAGUUAGAACUAUUGGGCCAGGACCUAAAUUAAGAGAAAGCCCAAGGAUUAAACACCCAAAUAGAUUAUUAGGGAGUUAUAUUUGCGAUCCAGGGGGAUGUGCAAGGCAAGCCUUUAUUGUUGAAUGAAAUGUCUGAGUCCUCCCAUCCCUAUUCUGCGUUCUCUGCAUUCUCAUCCCCUUCUUCUAGGUUAUUGUUCUUCUAUCCUUCUCUAGCUUUCCUUAUGUAUUUUGGUUAUUAAUUAAACAAUCAAUCUUCUUCUUCUGU